CCCGUGGUACAGCACCCUCACCAUGUGCACCCGCUCACACCUCUGAUCACCUACAGCAAUGAGCACUUCACGCCUGGGAACCCCCCUCCACAUCUACAGGCAGACGUGGACCCCAAAACAGGAAUCCCAAGGCCUCCACAUCCUUCAGAUAUAUCCCCCUACUACCCUCUGUCACCUGGCACUGUAGGCCAGAUUCCCCAUCCGCUAGGAUGGUUAGUACCACAGCAAGGUCAACCAGUUUACCCAAUCACGACGGGAGGUUUCAGACACCCCUAUCCAACUGCCCUCACUGUCAAUGCAUCCAUGUCAAGGUUCCCUCCUCACAUGGUGCCCCCCCACCACAGUUUGCACACCACAGGGAUCCCCCACCCAGCCAUCGUCACGCACAACGUCAAGCAGGAGUCCUCUCACAGUGACAUCGGCUCCCUCAACAGCUCGAAACAUCAGGAUGCGAAAAAAGAGGAGGAAAAGAAGAAGCAGCCACACAUAAAGAAACCUCUGAACGCGUUCAUGCUUUACAUGAAGGAAAUGAGAGCCAAAGUGGUGGCAGAGUGCACACUGAAAGAGAGCGCAGCUAUCAACCAGAUCCUAGGCCGAAGGUGGCAUGCUCUGACUCGAGAGGAGCAGGCCAAAUACUACGAGUUAGCCAGGAAAGAGCGACAGCUUCACAUGCAGCUGUACCCUGGCUGGUCAGCACGAGACAACUAUGCGGGUAACUAUCAGGGGAAAAAGAAGAAGAGAAAAAGGGAAAAGCAGGCAGGAGAGGGCAAUGAACACAGAGAAUAUUUUCCAAACCCUUGCCUUUCACUCCCUCCGAUUACAGAUGCAAAUACCCCUAAGAAGUGUCGUGCCUUGUUCGGGCUUGACCAGCUGGGUUUAUGGUGCAAACCCUGCAGGAGAAAAAAGAAGUGCAUUCGCUACAUUCAAGGUGAAGGCAGCUGUGCCAGUCCUCCUUCUUCGGACGGAAGCUUACUAGAGUCCCCCCCAUCCUCCCCCUCCAUGGUCUCUCCCUCCCCGUCCUCGAAAGAGUCCAAACCACAAACUGAACAAAUGCAACCUCUCUCACUGACUAUGAAACCGCCCCCCCUGCUCUCGUCGUCCCAACACCAACACCUCUCCAUGGCUCCACCCUUAGCUUUGUUGGACAACUCCGGGGCGGGCAAAACGUCCGGCUCGGCACACAACGGCUCCUUGGACCCCUCAGACGUGUCGUCGUCCCGACCCACAGGCUCCGCCUCCUCCAGGCCUACAUCGGCGUGUCAUUCCCACUCUCUGCUGCCCAGCUCCGCCACGACGCAACCCCUUUCGCUCGUAACCAAGUCGAUAGACUAGCUUCGUUGUUUUUUUAAACCAGCUUUCUCUGUCUGUCUCUCCGUCUGUCACGCGUCUUGUCUUUUUUCAUUCUGUGUUCUGAUUCUCUUGUUUUUUCUGUGCGAUAUGGCUUUGAAAAUUUCGUUAAUUCUUUAUCAGAGUUCAUUGGUCAAUAUUUGACCUGUCAUUAUCUAAAAAAAAAAAUGAAAUUAUUAUGAUUAAAUAUUGAUAAUUAAAUACACUUAAGUUGUAGAGUAUAGCUUUGUGAAUCUGCCAAAUUUUUGUAUAAAUUUUUUUGGGUUUGUUUUUGUUCAGUUGUUUUGCUUUUUUUCAGCUGUACAACAGAAAAAUGCAUAAUUGUUAUGUUGACAUGUUUAAAGACAGAUAUACAAAGUAGGUGAGGAUUCAGUGAGCCCUUUUCUCAAAGAAUUGGUUCUCCUUCAUUAUUUGUAUUAAAUACGAGCUUGUGAACCAAUCAUUUUACAGCUGUCCCAAACUCAGAGGGCACGAGGACUGUGGAGACACCUCUCCGACUGAGGAACAACUUUAAUCGUGAUGUUACUUGUUCUUGUUUAAAUGUACAGAAAUAUGGGGGGUUACUGUGUUAAUAUGCAUUGUUCCAUUGCGUUGUCCGUUUUAUCUUUCUUUUUUGUCGUUGUUUACCAGGGGGUGGGAGGUUGACUCCGGUUGGGGUGGGUGGACUCGAUUGGAUGGGUGUUUUGGGGUGGGGGGUUUUGGGUUAUUCGAUACAAACUGUCACAAUGCUAGGACCAGUAGUAUUUAUUGCUUUAGAGAUUGCUUGUCGUAUCUUGUAUGUUGUCCCUUUUUGAAAUCUUUUCAUUUUCUUAAUACAUUGUAUAAAUAUUCUUUUUCUUAACGUAAGCAACUUAUAUAUAUA